AUGGGACAUCAAGAAAGAGAUGUCGUAAGCAUGAUGAUCAAACAAAAUUAUUACAUGCAAAAACCCAUCUCUACAAUUAAAGGGAUACUUAAAGAAUGCACAAGAUGCAAAAGAUUCCAAGGGUUACCAUACGGCUCACCAAGGAUGCCGGAUUUACCAUCCGAUAGAGUAGUUCUCAAGAAACCGUUUGAAAACUGUGGAUGUGAUCUACUAGGUCCAUUAACUCUCCAGAAUGAGGAAAAAGUCCACGUAUGCUUAUUCACAUGUAUGGCAUCUCGAGCUAUACACUUAGAAAUUGUGAAUAGUACAUCAGCGGAAGCGUUUUUAAACGCAUUCCAGCGUUUUAUAGCCAGAAGAGGCGUCCCUAAACUAAUAAGAAGCGAUAAUGGCUCGAACUUCAUACUUGGAAACAAGAUAUUGAGCAAAAUAAUAUCGCAUAAUGAAGUACGCAAUAGCUCGUACAAGAAUUACAUCCAUCAUUAUCAUUUAGAUAAGAUUAAAUGGAUAUUCAAUACGCCAUUAGCUCCUUGGAAAGGAGGAGCGUGGGAAAGAUUGAUUGGUAUAGUAAAAACCAUACUAUACAAGGUAUUGGGUAGAUACAAACCCACGUAUGAUGAAAUGCAUACAAUUAUGGUAAAAAUAGAAACGAUCGUGAACACCAGACCAUUGACGUUUCCAGAUCCUAGUGAUCCAAAAUCUUUGCCAAUC